GCUGUAGGGAAAGGAGAGGGCAACGCAGCCCGAGGCCUGCGGAGCUGGACACCCUCCUACUGAAUCCAGGGUGCGGGGGGAGGGGGCUGGGGUCCUUGCACUGGACUGCAUUAGACAGAAGGUGCGGUAUUAGUAAAGCCAGUUAACCCGGUGGGAACUCAGUAUCGAUUGCAGGCUGCGGGGCACCUGUCACUAGACAGUGUCUGGGCCCCGUUUGGGGUGUGUGUUCCCGGCAGAGGUUUGUAGGUGCUAAGCCCGCGCCAUGGUGUAGUGCGGGCAUGUGAUUAGUGGCGGGCCGUACACCGGCAUUUACAUUGCCUCCUCUGGAGCACCCACAUAGUGGACUGCGCUGUACAGUGCUAAUCCGGCGUCACGUCUGUGCCUGGAGCGCUGGGGUGUGAGAGGGCAAGGGUGUCUAGUCCUGCUGCGGUGACCCGGGGAUAGGCUGCACACAGCUUCAGCACCAGCCGCCCGGACAGCGCCCUAUGGAGCUCCCUGUCAGGCGAAGUUCGUCGUCCCCGGAGCGGCCGGACCAGCCGGGGCUGCUGGAGCUGGAUGAAGAGCUCGUGCUCAUGGCUGCCGAGGGGGACCCGGAGGAGGAGGAGGCCGAGGGCCCCGGGGACGGGGAGGACCCAGCGCUGCUCUCGGCCAUCCGACAGAAGGAGAGGGACCUGAUGCUGGCGGCCCGGCUGGGGAAAGCCCUGCUGGAGAGGAACCAGGACAUGAGCCGGCGCUACGAGGAGAUGCAGAGGGAGCUGACGGAGCGGCUGGAGCAUCUGGAGCAGGAAAAGCAUGAAUUGAAAAGAAGGUUUGAUAAUCGUGAAGGAGAAUGGGAAGGUCGAGUGUCUGAGCUGGAGAGUGAUGUGAAGCAACUGCAGGAAGAGCUGGAGAAGCAGCAGGUUCACCUGAGAGAGGCCGAUCGUGCGAAAUCCUCAGCUGUCCAAGAACUGUCCGAACAGAACCAAAGACUUUUAGAGCAACUUAAUAGGGCUACAGAAAUGGAGAAGCAGCUGUCACUACAGGUCACUGUCCUUCAAGAGGAAUUCCGUGAGAAAAGUGUGUUUACAAGCCAACAUAUUUCACGGUUAGAAAGCCUGCUAUCAGAGAUAAAGAUGCUUUCUGAUCGAAAGCGGGAGCUGGAGCAGCAGCUGAGCACUAUAAUGGAAGAAAACAAUCAACUUCAGGGAAUCGUGGAGGAGCUGCACGACCGAGAGUUAACCCUGAGUCAACAGACCUGUGCCAAGGAAAUCCAGCUGGGUGAGAGUCAGCUGGAGUUGGAAGAGCUACGGCAUUCCUACCGGCAGCUGAAAAUGAAAAUGGAGGAGCUCAGAGAGGAGAAGUGUCUCCAACAUCUAAACAGCACAAGUACCUCCCUGCUGUCAGAAAUUGAACAAAGUAUAGAAGCCGAAGAGCAGGAGCAGGAACGGGAGCAGUUGAGGCUGCAGCUGUGGGAAGCACAUUGUCAGGUCCGAUCUCUUUGCUGCCAACUUAGGGGAAAUGAAAGUGCAGAUUCUGCAGUGUCCACUGACUCCUCUAUGGAUGAAUCCUCUGAAACCUCAUCUGCCAAAGACGUGCCAGCCGGGAGCCUCCGCACUGCCCUGAGUGAACUGAAGAGCCUUAUAUUAAGCAUACUGGAUACUUGUGAAGCAGCGAGUUCACGAAAAUGUGAAGACGAUGGUUUGGAGGAACAAAUCAAACGAACAAGUGAAGACUCAAAAGCUCUGAGGGAGCUCUUACAAGGAGAACAAGUAAGAAUGAAGCAAACUUUUGAGGAGCUACAACAGCUUCACAAACAGGUAACCUUAUUAAGUGUGGAAAUGUCUGCACUGAAAGAAGAACGAGACCACCUCCUGGAGCUUACCCAGAAUAAUGAUACACAUGAUCAGCUGCUGAAGGCCAUAAAGGAUCGAGAUGAAGCUAUAGCCAAGAAAAACGCUGUGGAAAUGGAGCUGGCAAAAUGUAGAAUUGAUUUGAUGUCACUGAACACUCAACUAUUAGAUGCCAUUCAACAAAAGCUGAAUCUGUCCCAGCAGCUGGAGGCUUGGCAGGAUGACAUGCACAGAGUCAUUGACCAGCAAUUGAUGGACAAACACCAGAAGGAAUGGAGCCAGACUGUAUAUUCCUUCUCCAGUGGCCACCAAAUCAAACAUUGUGGCAAGGCUACCACUCUGAAUCGCACAGAGCGGCCAGGAGAAGAGCCUAUUGGGUCUGAAGGAAGACGCCUCUUUUCAUUUCUUAAGAAAACAAAAUGUUAAGUGUUAACUGCUCGACCUUUAUGAAUCGUGACAGAAAGCUGUGUAGGGGAAAUCUUUCCGCUGGUAAUCAGAGUAGGAAGGCACGCUAGUGGUCCAGAAAGCCUUCCGUGGGUGAGCAAACCCUUAGAAUAUGCAAAUAAAGAAUAGUGGCGAGUGCCGCCUGCUUUAUUCUUUAUUCGCAUAUGAACCUUCUACAUUAUUCUGAAGGCUUGAGCACCGCGACACUGUGUGACACGCAUGGUUGACAACACCGGUAUAUCUCUGCCUAUGUGGGACAUUAGCUGUGCCGCCCAUCUUUUCUCUGUGUUUAAUACAAACCCUUAGAAUAUUCCCACAGUCAAGAGGCGAGCAGGGAUUUGGCUUACGAGUUACUAGAAAGUGUUUCGCUUGGCGCACUUGCUAAGCACCUUGUAUUUAUUUCAGAUGUAUUUUUUAUUGUGGACACCUAACACUUUGUUCAGUGGAUUCUAUCCAUGAAGAACACCUUGCACUUUUAGAGCCAUCCGUUUCUAUUCACUCCACAGCUUCCUUGAUAACUGAAUCUAGCAGGUAUUAUUACCAUUGUAGACAGGUCCUGAGCUGCUCUCAGUGCAAGGAAGAGACUCCCUACCUCUGGUCUUCCAGACAGAGCACAGCACACUGAAACGGUCCCUACUGUUUCCUACAGCUCACGUACUGAGAGAAGUUCCAUGUACAUAGAAGCAGAAUUUUUAUAAUAAAUAUUGCAUACAGUUUUGGUUUUAUAAUAUACAGAAAAUGUCAUAUUUUAGUACAAAAUUAUGCGCUUUUUAUUGUAAACUCUCUGGAAUAAAAUAUUUCUAUGAUUUUCCAUGGCCCCCUCUGAAUACCUUUAUUGAACAGUCACCCUCACCAUGUCACAGACCGUAAACCGCUUUACCCACUCCAUGCGUAUUUCGAUAGACAUUAAGAGACGUUUCUGUUUUCAAAUUCAGGAUCCAUAUUUCACAUUUUUAUUAGUUUGUUCCUACUUAUGAAGAAGAUGGUACAAAAAUUUGGCAGAUAUUUUUCCAUUAUUUAUAUAUUUCCUUUCUUAACAUAAUGGUUCUUAGAUUGUAACAAAUGACUUUUAAUAGGUCAGGAUCCAUCCAGCCUUUUAUUAAAACCAAAAUGAUCUUGUGGUUGCCUGUCCCGCACUGGUCAAUGGAAUAGAUGCUUGUUUUUUUUUUAGCGUGGUUUUAAAUAGUGACAAAAACUAAACAGCAGGGAAGCAAAUUAACAGCAAGGCCUAGUGAAUCUUACCCUAAGAGGCAGGACCGAAAACAAGGCGCAAGCCAAGGUUAAGACGCCAACUGUCC